UGCUACCUGUCCUACCUGAGCUAGCAGUGAGUGUUGCCAGAGAGAGCAGCGUGGCUCUGGAAAGCAGGCUGCUUGGCCAUGCUCAGGGCACUCUGGCCAAAGUGGCUGGCAGGCAAGGGGCUGCCCCUCCUGGGGGCAGUGCUGCUGCGGAAGAGAGAGAAGAGGGGCCUUCCAUGGAGUCACUGGCGGGUGGAAACCCACACAUACUAUGACCUCCAGGUGAAGGUGCUGAGGGCCAGAAAUAUCCAGGGUACAGACCUGUUGUCCAAAGCUGACUGCUAUGUGCAACUGUGGCUGCCCACGGCAUCCCCCAGACAUGCCCAGACAAGGGUGGUGGCCAACUGCAGUGACCCCGAAUGGAACGAGACCUUCCACUACCAGAUUCAUAGUGCUGUGAAGAACGUCCUGGAGCUCACGCUGUAUGACAAGGAUGUCCUGAGCAGCAAUGAGCUCUCCCUGCUGCUGUUUGACCUGAACAGCCUCAAGCCCGGCCAACCCCACAGACACACCUUCCCACUCAACCAACAGGAUUCACAAGAGCUACAGGUGGAGUUUGUUCUGGAGAAGAGCCAGGUGCCUGCAUCUGAAGUUAUCACCAAUGGUGUCCUGGUGGCUUAUCCCUGUCUGAGAAUCCAGGGCACUCUUGAGGGAGAUGAGACAGCCCUACAUCGAGAGUAUGGCUCUAGGCAGAUUCAGCUGGCAGUGCCCAGGGCCUACGAGAAGCCACUGCUCUUGCCCCUGCAGCCUCCCAUGGAGGCAGGCCCCCCAGCCACCUUUACCUUCCACGUGAAUCCAGUGCUGCGCUCCAGCCUGGAAGUGGUGCUGGAGGAGAAGCUCACAGUCCUGCAGAGCAGCCCAAGUGCUGAGUUGGAGUCCCAGAGCAGCAAGCUGGGAGAGGGGGCUAUCCUGCUCUCCUCCCUGACCCCAGGCCAGGAGGAACAGCGCUUCGUGGCCAUGGGGGAGGGCCAGGAGGUGGCUCUGAAUGUGAAGGCAGAAAUAAGCUCUGGGGACCUUGACCUGCGCCUUGGCUUUGAUCUCUGUGAUGAGGAAUGGAAGUUUCUGGACAAGCGGAAGAAGAUCGUGUCCAAGGCUCUGCAGCAGGUGCUGGGAUUGAGCCAGGCUCCCGACAGUGGCCAGGUACCUGUGGUGGCUGUGCUGGGUUCGGGAGGUGGAGCCCGUGCCAUGUCUUCCCUGUACGGCAGCCUGGCAGGGCUGCAGGAGCUGGGACUCCUGGAUACUGUGACCUACUUGAGUGGGGUCUCUGGGUCCAGUUGGUGCAUCUCCACAAUCUACCAGGACGCAGCCUGGUCCCAGGUGGCUUUGCAGGGCCCCACUGAGCGUGCCCGGGCUCGGGUCUGCAGCAAUAAGAUGGGGGCAGUGUCCAAGGAGCGCCUACAGUACUAUGCCCAGGAACUGGGGAACCUGGAAAGCAGCGGCCACAAUGUUUCCCUCAUCGACCUGUGGGGCCUCCUCAUUGAAUAUUUCCUGCACCAGGAGGAAAACCCUGCCAAGCUGUCUGACCAGCAGGAGGCAGUCAGCCAGGGCCAAAACCCUUACCCUAUCUACUCCAGCGUCAACGUCCACACCAACAUCAGUGGGGAAGACUUUGCAGAGUGGUGCGAGUUCACCCCCCAUGAGGUUGGCUUCCCCAAGUAUGGGGCUUAUGUUCCCACCAAGCUCUUUGGCUCCGAGUUCUUCAUGGGACGACUGCUGAAGCUCUGGCCAGAGCCCCGGCUCUGCUACCUGCAGGGUGUGUGGGGCAGCGCCUUUGCAGCCAGCCUGGACGAGAUCUGCCUGAAGACCGCCGGCUCCAGCCUCGGCUUCCUGGACUGGCACCGAGGCAGUGUGAACAUCACAGAUGACUGCCAGAAGCUCCAGCUGCAUGACCCCACAAGGCUGCGAACCAGGCUCUUCACCCCCCAGGGGCCCUUCUCCCAGGCUGUGCUGAACUUAUUCACCUCCCGCUUUACCUCUGCGGAGAACUUUAACUUCACCCAGGGCCUCUGCCUGCACAAGGAUUAUGUGGCUGGCAGGGAGUUCGUGGCCUGGAAAGACACACACCCGGACGCCUGCCCCAACCAGCUCACUCCCAUGAGGGACUGCCUGUACCUGGUGGAUGGCGGCUUUGCUAUCAAUUCUCCGUUCCCGCUGAGCCUGCUACCACAGAGAGCGGUGGACCUCAUUGUGUCCUUUGACUACUCCCUGGAUGCCCCUUUUGAGGUCUUACAGAUGACAGAGAAGUACUGCCUGGACCGAGGCAUCCCCUUUCCCAGGAUUGAGGUGCUCCCUGAGGACCUGGAGGAACCCCGUGAGUGCUACCUGUUUGCCAGGGCUGAGGAUCCUCACUCACCCAUCGUGCUGCACUUCCCCCUUGUCAACUGUACCUUCCGUACACACCUGGCCCCAGGUGUGGAGCGACAAACAGCUGAGGAGAAGGCCUGUGGGGACUUUGCUAUCAAUGGGCCAGACACCCCCUAUGGCAUGAUGAACUUCACCUAUGAGCCUGAGGAGUUUGAUCGGCUGGUGGCCCUGAGUCGAUACAACGUUCUGAACAACGCAGAGAGCCUGAGGCAUGCCCUCCAGCUGGCUCUGGACCGGCGGCAGGCUGGGGCCAGGGCUGGAGGCUGACCCAGGCUGGAGUUGGAGGGCUGUGACACAGAGGAGGGGCUGGCGGGCCCCAGACUAAGGCUUGGUAAAGGGAGGAGUGGAUUCUGCAGGGCUCUGCAGGAGCCUUGGAAAGCUCCUGCAGAAUUGCAGGUUGGACUUGGGGCAGGGCACUUCUUGUAUGUGUUUCUGGGAGAAGAUGGGGCAGUAUGUCUCUCCAGGCGCAUUUGGAGGCGUGGGGCAGAAGUGAGCAGUGCUCAUUUUACACUGGAGUGUGUAGAGGGGAUCAGGCAAUAGUCUAGCCCCAGGGCCUACCCCCCUACACAGAAGGACCUCAGGCCCUCACUGGAUGGGAGCUGUGCGAGCCUGAGGUGCUGGUUACUCUCCUUAAACUGAGACCAAAAGCAAAGAUGCAUCCAUCCAGUUCACACUGGUCCAAAUGGCCCAAUCCCUGAUCCAUCCCUGACUCCCCCACCCCGCCCUGUCUGGUCC